CUCCAUGCAUAUUUCUAGGGGAACUUUAGAUCACUAUCCUAUUUUGGUAAAAGCUUCUAACCCCACCUUUAAUGGUCCAAGACCAUUCAGAUUCCUCAACUGCUGGCCAAAUCACCCUACCUUUAAAGCUCUCAUAAGCAGCAACUAGGGCAAAUACUCUGGAGGAGGCAUGAGGGGUCUUAUGAACAAAGUGUUCAAUCUUAGAAAGGAACUUCAUACUUGGAACAGGACAGUCUUUGGGAAUAUUUUCAGCAAAACAAAAGAACUUGAAUCCUCAGUGCUUGAAGCAAAACUUCUUUAUGAUGAAAAUCCCUCUACUGAAAAUAGAUCCCAUCUUCAUCAUCAAAAAGCACUUCUUAUUCAAGCAACAAAUAAUGAGUUCACUUACUGGAAGCAGAAAGCAAGCAUCAAAUGGAUUAGAGAAGGAGACUGUAACACCUCCUUUUUUCAUUCUAUUGUUAAAGAAAGAAGGAUUUCUCAAAAGAUUCAUAAAAUCAAGUCUGGGGAUGGUCAGUGGAUUCAAGACAAGGAUGACUUGCUUAAAGAGGCCAACUUCUAUUUCCAGCAACUCUACUCUAAAAAGGACAGUGAAAAUACUGAGGAUUACCUCUCACACAUCCCAAACCUCCUCACUGUUGAUGACAACAGUCUGCUUACUCAACUCCCUAAUGAGAAAGAAGUCAAAGAUGCCAUCUGGAAUCUGGACCCCCUAAGUGCUGCAGGCCCUGAUGGAUUCACUGGAGAAUUCUACAAAAAUUGCUGGGAUAUUAUCAAGGAAGAUGUGGUAAAAGCAGUUCAGGAAUUCUUUCUAGGAAUCCCUACUCCUAAAAGUUUAAAUGAAUGCUCCAUUAUCAUGAUCCCAAAGAAAGAUAAUCCCAUCACCUUUGAAGAUUUCAGGCCUAUUUGUCUUUCAAAUUUCAUAGCCAAAGUCAAUACUAAAGUUAUAUCUCAGAGACUAAGAGACUUACUUCCUAAAUUAAUCUCUGAGGAACAGGGUGGCUUUGUCAAAGGAAGACAGAUCCAUGACCAAAUUCUGAUUGCCCAGGAGAUCAUCCAGAACUUGGACUACAAGACAAGGGGAGGCAAUAUUGCCAUUAAGCUGGAUAUGUCCAAAGCUUUUGAUAGGGUAUCUUGGGACUAUUUACAAGCCAUUCUCGGGAAACUGGGGUUUGAUCAUAAAUUUAUCAAUCUGAUCCUCAAUAAUCUUAAAGACACUACCCUCUCCAUCAACAUAAAUGGCUACCCUUCCAAACCCUUUCAACCCAAGAGAGGGCUCAAACAAGGAGACCCACUCUCUCCUCUUCUUUUCAUUUUGGCAGCUGAAGGAUUUAGUAGGGGCCUGCACUACAGAGUCAACACUCUAAAGAUUGAACCUUUUAACAUGGGGAGACACUCACAAAUCAUCUCUCACCUAGCCUUUGCAGAUGACCUUCUGAUCUUUCUUAAAGGAACAGCUCAAAAUUUGGCUAGAUUCUCAAAUUUCCUAAAAGCUUAUGAAGAUGCUUCAGGGCAGACCAUAAAUCUUCACAAAAGUUCUUUCUACCCUCCAAAGAAAACCCAAGUGGCACAAAUCAACAGAAUGGGAAAUUACUUGGGCAUGAAGAGAGGUUCCCUACCCUUCAAAUACCUGGGAACCCAAAUCCACAAAGGAAUCAACAGACUCAAAUAUUGUACUGAUUUGCUCAACCACUUUGAUCACAAGCUUAAAGGUUGGUACAAAAAAUUCUUAUCACAAGGAGGGAGAAUGAUUCUAAUUAAGCAUGUUCUUAGUUCUAUCCCUCUACAUCUCCUUGGCUCUUCUAAACUCCCCAAGAGUGUUAUCAACUGCCUUCACACUAAGAUGAGCAAUUUUCUAUGGGGCAACAAAGAAGGGAAAAAUAUCACUGGAAGAAGUGGGCUGCCCUUUGCUUCCCAAAAGAGGAAGGAGGUCUGGGUUUCACUAACCUUGAAACCUUACAGGAAGCAUAUGGUCUUAAGAUGUUGUGGAGCUAUACUCUCAAUAACUCCCUCUGGGCCAGGUUUAUGCACAACAGAUACCCAGCAGGUCUGGAGACAACUUGCAAACCUACUGAUUCUCCUAAUUGGAAGAGACUCCUUUCAGCAAAAACCAUUGUCGAUUCCUAUGAGAAUAACCCCUUCUGGGACACCCACUCUGGUUCUAUCUUCCUUUGAUAAAUCUACUACAACAUCCUCCCUUUCCCUAAACAACUCACCCGGUUUGGGCAAAACCUUCCUUCUAUGUGUCUUUUUUGCAGGAACAAUGAAGACAAUGCGAACCACACACUCAAGGAUUGCAGAUUCAGUAAAAAUAUCUGGGCACACUUUGAAUCUAGUUUCAAGGUCACGACAACUACAACACAUGGAAUUUGCUCUUACCUGUCGCUCUGGUGGAGGAGCAAUAGUAUUGACCAGCAAAGUCAAGCAGAACGCAAGGAUUCAUACCCCGAGUUCCCAAGGGCAAUCAUCGUUUGCUUUGUUGAGUCAUCCCCUUCAUGUGUUGCUUGAAGUAGAUCCCAUACUUCCUAGGCAGUUUUGCACGAGCACACAUGUGCGAACUCAUCGGGUCCAAGGGAGCAAUGAAGGUGUUGGAACACGGGUUUACGCCUACGCCGUACUAAACCGUGUUCGUUUUAUGACAGGUAUUGGCGAAGGACAAUCCACCUCUAGGUUACCGCUUUUUGAUGGUACCAACUACUCCUAUUGGAAGGAACGGAUGAGAAUCUAUAUCCGUUCCACCAACUUCCAAUUAUGGUUGGUUAUCAAAAAUGGCGAGCAAAUCCCAAUGAAGAAAGUGGGAGAAACCACGGUCCCAAAGACUGAGGAUGAGUUUGAUGCUGAAGACAUCAAGAAGGUGGAAAACAAUGCAAAGGCUAUCAACAUGCUUUACUGUGCGGUCAACCCCGACGAUUAUCACAAGAUCUCUUGCUGCACAACCGCCAAAGAAAUGUGGGAUAAGCUCGAGAAGACAUACGCCAACAAGGAUCUCGUAAGGAAAAUCCCGCGGAGCCUCACCCCCGAAUGGAGAUCAAAAGCUGACGCAAUCUACGAAUCCAUCGGAGUCUCCAACGUCACCAUCGACGGAUUAAGAGGUAACCUUAAAACUUAUAAAUUUUCUAUUCUAACCCCGUAUUUGGAUGAACAGAAGCAAAAGGGGAUAGCUCUCAAAGCCACCAAGGAACUGGUGGAAGAAGUCUCAAGUGAUGAUGACAACGAGUUUGGACUCGUCAUCAAGAAAUUCCACAAGUUCAUGAAAAAGGAAUUUAAGCGCAAAGGAAAGAAGUAUGACGGUCCUCCGAAGUGCUAUGGCUGUGGCGAGAUAGGCCACAUCAAGCCAAGGUGUCCAAGAGGCAAAAACGGAAAGGACAAACCCGGCUUCAAAAAGCAAAGAGCGUAUAUCUCUUGGGGUGGCGAUUCCGGCGAAUCAACCGACCAAGAGUAGGAUGAAGCUGACAACCUUUGCCUCAUGGCGCACGAAGAUCAAAGCGACGACGUCCAAGAGGUAUGUACCACUUCUUCCGACUCUUAUACCUUUGAAGAAAUGCAAGUAGCACUUCGUGAAUUUUACGACGAAUUUGUUAGCGCUUCCAAAACCAACAAAUCUUUAAACAAACG